UCUAGUUACAGUCGUCCACAUCCACCAGCCAUGAGGGUGCUUGUGCUGGCUCUCACUGUGGCCCUUGUGGCCGGCAACCAGGUGAGCUAUGCCCCAGAAUUUGCCCCUGGAAAGACCUACGAGUACAAGUAUGAAGGUUAUAUUCUGGGUGGCCUGCCUGAGGAGGGCCUGGCAAAGGCUGGGGUGAAGAUCCAGAGCAAAGUCUUGAUCGGUGCAGCAGAUCCUGACAGCUACAUUCUGAAACUUGAAGACCCUGUGAUCUCGGAGUACAGUGGCAUUUGGCCUAAAGAGGUUUUCCACCCUGCCACAAAGCUCACCUCAGCUCUCUCUGCUCAGCUCUUGACACCCGUCAAGUUUGAGUAUGCCAACGGAGUGAUCGGAAAAGUGUUCGCACCUCCAGGCAUCUCUACAAAUGUGCUGAAUGUCUUCAGGGGACUCCUCAACAUGUUUCAGAUGAACAUCAAGAAGACUCAGAAUGUGUAUGACCUGCAAGAGACUGGAGUAAAAGGUGUGUGCAAGACACACUAUAUCCUUCAUGAGGACUCCAAGGCUGAUCGCCUCCACUUGACGAAAACCACAGACCUGAAUCACUGCACCGACAGCAUCCACAUGGAUGUUGGCAUGGCUGGUUAUACGGAAAAAUGUGCAGAGUGCAUGGCUCGGGGAAAAACUCUUUCAGGAGCAAUUUCUGUCAACUACAUCAUGAAGCCGUCUGCCUCUGGCACCUUGAUCCUAGAGGCAACCGCCACUGAGCUUCUCCAGUACUCGCCCGUCAACAUUGUAAAUGGAGCUGUCCAGAUGGAGGCUAAACAGACUGUGACCUUCGUGGACAUCAGGAAGACCCCAUUAGAGCCCCUCAAAGCAGACUAUAUUCCCCGUGGAUCGCUCAAGUACGAGUUAGGCACUGAAUUCCUACAGACACCAAUUCAGCUUCUGAGGAUCACCAAUGUCGAGGCUCAGAUUGUUGAGUCUCUGAACAACCUGGUGAGCCUCAAUAUGGGCCAUGCCCAUGAGGAUUCCCCUCUGAAGUUUAUUGAGCUCAUCCAGCUGCUGCGUGUGGCCAAGUAUGAGAGCAUUGAAGCUCUCUGGAGCCAGUUUAAAACCAAAAUCGAUCACAGGCACUGGUUGCUGAGCUCUAUCCCUGCCAUUGGUACUCAUGUUGCUCUCAAGUUCAUCAAGGAGAAGAUCGUUGCUGGUGAAGUCACUGCUGCUGAGGCUGCUCAGGCCAUCAUGUCAUCUACACACUUGGUGAAGGCCGACCUGGAGGCAAUCAAGCUUCAGGAGGGCCUGGCUGUGACCCCUAAUAUUCGAGAAAAUGCAGGUUUGCGUGAACUCGUUAUGCUGGGCUUUGGCAUCAUGGUUCACAAAUACUGUGUGGAGAACCCUUCAUGUCCAUCUGAGCUGGUCAGGCCAGUUCAUGACAUUAUUGCCAAGGCUCUUGAGAAACGCGACAAUGAUGAGCUCUCCCUGGCUCUCAAAGUUCUGGGUAAUGCCGGACAUCCCAGCAGCCUGAAGCCAAUCAUGAAACUUCUUCCUGGCUUUGGCAGCUCUGCCUCCGAACUUGAGCUCAGAGUUCACAUUGACGCUACACUGGCGCUGAGGAAAAUUGGCAAGAGAGAACCCAAGAUGAUUCAGGAUGUGGCCCUUCAGCUCUUCAUGGACAGGACUCUUGACCCAGAGCUCCGUAUGGUUGCUGUUGUUGUGCUGUUUGAUACCAAGCUACCUAUGGGUCUGAUAACCACUCUCGCUCAGAGUCUCCUGAAAGAGCCAAACCUGCAGGUCCUUAGCUUUGUCUACUCUUACAUGAAGGCCUUCACCAAGACCACCACCCCGGACCAUUCCACUGUAGCCGCUGCCUGCAAUGUUGCCAUCAGGAUGCUCAGCCCAAGAUUCGAAAGACUGAGCUACCGCUACAGCCGAGCUUUCCAUUAUGACCACUAUCAUAAUCCUUGGAUGCUGGGAGCUGCUGCCAGCGCAUUUUACAUCAAUGAUGCCGCGACUGUAUUGCCAAAAAACAUCAUGGCAAAAGCUCGCGUUUACCUCUCUGGAGUGUCUGUUGAUGUUCUGGAGUUUGGAGCCAGAGCUGAAGGAGUGCAAGAGGCCCUUUUGAAAGCCCGUGAUGUUCCCGAGAGUGCAGACAGGCUCACCAAGAUGAAGCAAGCUCUUAAGGCUCUGACUGAGUGGAGGGCCAAUCCUUCCCGCCAGCCUCUCGGCUCUCUGUACGUGAAGGUUCUUGGGCAGGAUGUUGCAUUUGCAAACAUCGACAAAGAAAUGGUUGAGAAGAUUAUUGAGUUUGCAACUGGACCUGAAAUCCGCACCCGUGGCAAAAAGGCCUUGGACGCCCUGUUGUCUGGUUACUCUAUGAAAUACUCCAAGCCAAUGCUGGCCAUUGAGGUCCGUCACAUCUUCCCCACCUCUCUUGGUUUACCCAUGGAGCUCUGUCUGUACACUGCUGCCGUGACAGCCGCAUCUGUUGAAGUACAAGCCACCAUUUCACCACCACUUCCCGAGGACUUCCAUCCUGUCCACCUACUGAAGUCUGAUAUUUCCAUGAAGGCUUCAGUCACUCCAAGUGUAUCUUUGCACACCUAUGGAGUUAUGGGAGUGAAUAGUCCUUUCAUCCAGGCUUCUGUGCUGUCAAGAGCCAAAGUCCACGCAGCUCUUCCCAAAAAGAUGGAGGCAAGACUUGACAUAGUCAAGGGUUACUUUAGCUACCAGUUCCUGCCUGUUGAGGGUGUUAAAACAAUUGCAUCUGCUCGUCUUGAAACAGUUGCCAUUGCAAGAGAUGUUGAAGACCUCGCUGCUGCCAAAGUCACACCGGUUGUCCCAUAUGAGCCUAUUGUGAGCAAGAACGCCACUUUAAAUCUUUCACAGAUGUCUUACUAUCUGAAUGAUAGCAUAUCAGCAUCAUCUGAACUUCUUCCUUUUUCGCUGCAAAGGCAAACUGGCAAAAAUAAAAUCCCCAAGCCCAUUGUGAAGAAAAUGUGUGCAACAACGUAUACGUAUGGGAUUGAGGGCUGCGUUGACAUUUGGUCUCGCAAUGCAACCUUCCUCAGAAACACCCCCAUCUAUGCCAUAAUUGGAAACCACUCUCUUUUGGUUAAUGUCACCCCAGCUGCUGGACCGUCCAUCGAAAGGAUCGAAAUCGAGGUUCAGUUUGGUGAACAAGCAGCAGAAAAGAUCCUUAAAGAGGUUUACCUGAAUGAGGAGGAAGAAGUACUUGAAGACAAAAACGUCCUUAUGAAGCUGAAGAAGAUUCUGUCUCCUGGUCUGAAGAACAGCACCAAAGCUUCAUCCUCUAGUUCGAGCAGCUCUCGCUCCAGUAGAUCUCGCUCCAGCAGCUCCAGCAGCUCCAGCAGCUCCAGCCGUUCCUCCUCUAGCUCUUCCAGGAGCUCUUCCUCUUUGCGCCGCAAUAGCAAGAUGUUGGAUCUUGCCGAUCCCCUCAACAUAACAUCAAAGAGGUCCUCCAGCAGCUCCUCCAGCUCCAGCUCCUCCAGCUCCUCUAGCUCCUCCAGCUCCAAGACCAAGUGGCAGCUGCACGAAAGGAACUUCACCAAGGAUCACAUCCACCAGCAUUCCGUCUCAAAAGAACGUCUUAACAGCAAGAGCAGUGCGAGCAGCUUUGAAUCCAUCUACAACAAGAUCACAUACCUGUCUAACAUCGUCAGCCCAGUGGUCACAGUCCUUGUCCGUGCCAUCAGAGCUGACCACAAGAACCAGGGGUAUCAGAUCGCUGUGUACUAUGACAAACUCACUACCAGAGUGCAGAUCAUUGUGGCCAACCUCACUGAAGAUGACAACUGGAGAAUCUGUGCUGACAGCAUGAUGCUCAGCCACCACAAAGUGAUGACUCGAGUCACCUGGGGCAUUGGAUGCAAGCAGUACAACACCACGAUCGUGGCCGAAACUGGUCGCGUUGAGAAGGAGCCUGCCGUCCGUGUGAAGCUGGCCUGGGCCAGACUCCCUACUUACAUCAGGGAUUAUGCAAGAAGAGUGUCCAGGUACAUUUCGCGCGUCGCUGAGGACAAUGGAGUGAACAGGACCAAGGUCGCCAGUAAACCCAAAGAGAUCAAACUGACUGUAGCUGUUGCCAACGAGACAAGCCUGAAUGUCACGCUGAAUACACCAAAGAACACCUUUUUCAAACUGGGAUGGGUUCUUCCCUUUUACCUACCAAUUAACAACACUGCUGCUGAGCUGCAGGCAUUCCAGGGCAGGUGGAUGGACCAGGUCACAUACAUGCUCACCAAGUCUGCUGCAGCUGAGUGCACCGUGGUUGAAGACACAGUGGUCACUUUCAACAACAGGAAGUACAAAACGGAGAUGCCCCACUCUUGCCAUCAGGUCUUGGCUCAAGAUUGCACAUCUGAAAUCAAAUUCAUAGUGCUGCUGAAGAGGGAUCAAACAGCAGAACGGAAUGAGAUCAGUAUUAAGAUUGAAAACAUUGAUGUUGACAUGUAUCCCAAGGACAACGCUGUUGUGGUGAAGGUUAAUGGAGUAGAAAUUCCUCUCACCAACCUGCCAUAUCAGCAUCCAACAGGCAACAUACAGAUCCGACAAAGAGAAGAGGGCAUCUCUCUGCAUGCUCCCAGUCAUGGCCUUCAGGAGGUCUUCCUCAGUUUAAACAAAGUGCAGGUUAAAGUUGUUGACUGGAUGAGAGGCCAGACGUGUGGGCUCUGCGGAAAGGCCGACGGGGAAGUCAGACAGGAGUACAGCACUCCCAAUGAACGGGUGUCCAGGAACGCAACCAGCUUCGCUCAUUCCUGGGUUCUGCCUGCAAAGAGCUGCCGUGACGCCUCUGAGUGCUACAUGCAACUUGAAUCGGUGAAGCUCGAGAAACAGAUCAGCCUGGAAGGCGAGGAAUCCAAAUGCUACUCAGUCGAACCUGUGCUGCGCUGUCUCCCUGGCUGUGCACCAGUGAGAACCACCUCCGUCACUGUCGGCUACCACUGCGUGUCUCUGGAUUCAAACCUGAAUCGCUCUGAUAGUCUCAGCAGCAUCUAUCAGAAGAGCGUUGACGUGAGCGAGACGGCAGAGUCCCACCUGGCCUGUCGCUGCACUCCUCAGUGUGCCUAAACGUGUUGCCUCCUGACGUUCGUUCUGUUUUUGUGUUAUAUGGAUGCUUGUAAACUAAAAUAAAGAAGCAAUUAAAA